AUGGCCACCGACAACGCUUCAUCACAAUCCACACGGCUCUUCACUCGCGAAGAGGUCGCAAAGCACAACAAGAAAGGCGACCUUUGGAUUAUCAUCGACUCCAAGGUGUUUGAUGUCUCCCGCUUUGCAAAUCUGCAUCCCGGAGGACUCGGCGUUCUACUAGACGAAGAGGUAGCUGGCCAGGAUGCGACAAAGAUUUUCUACUCCCUCCAUCGUCACGAGGUCCUCGAGAAGCCAGCAUACGCUCGUUUACAGAUUGGUCACCUCAAGGACGAGACACCCGAGAUUGUCUCCCGAGUUAUUGGAGAGCUCAGUACCGUCCCGUAUGGAGAGCCAACGUGGUUGACCAAGGGAUAUUACUCGCCAUACUUCAAGGAUUCGCAUCGCAAUCUGCAAAAGGCGUUUAGAAAGUUUGUGGAUGAAAUCAUCUACCCAGAUGCGCAAAUGUGUGAAGAGAACGGAAAGAGAUUCUCCCAGAGCGUUGUCGAUGCUAUGGCUGCAAAGAAUAUCAAUGCCAUGCGUCUUGGACCUGGAAAGCAUCUCAAGGGUCUUACACUAAUGGAUGGGCUUGUACAACCAGAAGAGUUUGACUACUUCCAUGAAAUGGUUAUCAACCAAGAGAUUGCACGGAUCGGUGCGAGAGGCUAUGGGGAUGGUCUUCUGGCCGGUAUGGUGAUUGGGCUCCCCCCCGUACUCAACUUUGGCUCCGACGAACUCAAAGCACGCGUGGUCCCCGAGGUGUUCUCGGGGAAGAAAUUUAUCUGUCUCGCUAUCAGCGAGGCAUUUGCGGGCAGUGAUGUUGCUGGUCUGAAGACCACGGCCACCAAGACGGAUGACGGCAAACACUGGAUUGUCAAUGGCACGAAGAAGUGGAUCACCAACGGUGUCUUUGCCGACUACUUUACUGUUGGAUGCCGUACAGAUGGUGGCUUCACCGUCAUCCUCGUCGAGAGAGGCGAAGGUGUUGAGACUAUGGCCAUCAAGACGAGCUAUAGCUCGACUGCCGGCACGGCCUAUAUCACUUUUGACAACGUCAAGGUCCCAGUUGAGAACACGCUCGGACCUGAGAAUGCGGGCUUGUUAGUCAUGCUCUCCAACUUUAACCACGAGCGAUGGGUCAUGGCAUGCAGCUCGAUCCGUGGGCAACGUGCCAUUGUGGAGGAAUGCUUCAAAUGGGCCAACCAAAGAGAGGUGUUUGGCCGGCCUCUCAUCUCACAAGCCGUCAUUCGACACAAACUUGCUGCCAUGAUUGCUCGUGUCGAAUCCGCUCAGGCUUGGUUGGAGAAUAUCACCUAUCAGAUGACGAAGAUGUCUUACAAGCAGCAAUCACAGAAGUUGGCUGGCCAAAUUGCGUUCAUCAAGAUGUAUGCCACUCGCUCUGGACAAGAGACGGCUCGUGAUGCAGUUCAAAUCUUUGGAGGGCGUGGAAUCACUCGUACGGGUAUGGGACGGUUCAUCGAACACUACCAUCGAACUAUCACAUUUGAUUCGCUCUUGGGCGGCGCAGAAGAUGUGUUGGGAGACCUUGGAGUUCGUCAGGCAGUAAAGCAGAUGCCCAAGAAUGCGCGGCUCUGA